AUGUCGCCUUUCACCGUCACCCGUUUACUUCACUUCAUUGCGUUCGGUCUGGGGACUCUGGCCGGACAGGCCUGUCCCGCCGAACCAUCUACCCCUUCAGUCACUAUCACAAACGGCACCAUUCUAGGCACCACGAAUGGAAGAAUUGACAUUUUCAAGGGUAUUCCCUUUGCACAACCACCAGUGGGAAACCUUCGUCUCAGGAGCCCCCAGCCACUCAACUCCAGUUUCGGACAGCUGGAUGGAAGUAAGAGCGCACCAACGUGCAUGCAAAGUUCCGGAAGCGGCUCAGAGGACUGCCUGAAGCUCAAGGUCACUCGUCCAUCCUCCUCUAAGUAUACUGCCAAGCUUCCAGUGGCUGUUUAUAUCCAUGGGGGCUCCUUCAUGACUGGCUCAGCGGAAGACGAAACUGAGCCCACGCCGCUUGUUCUGAAGUCGAUUGAGCUGGGUCAUCCUUUUAUACUUGUCUCAAUUCAGUACCGUCUGGGUGCUUUUGGGUUCUUACCAGGCAAACAGCUCGCUGGGAAUGCAAACUUAGGGCUGCGAGAUCAGCGGCUGGCAUUGCAAUGGAUUCAAGGCGGCACAGAUAACAUAGCAGCAUUUGGUGGCGACCCGCAGAAAGUCGUUUUGUACGGAGGCAGCGCAGGGUCAAUGUCAGCAAUGGAUCAAACCAUCAUUAACAAUGGAGAUAUCGACGGUCUCUUCCGAGGAAUGAUUUUAGUGUCUGGAUCGGUAGUUCCUGCUCUAGAUAUCGUCGCACCGAAAGCGCAGGAGGUUUAUGAUACAGUUGCCCAGCGUGCUGGGUGUAUAAAGACCAACAAUACACUCCAAUGCUUGCAGGGAGUGGAUGCAAAGUUGCUACAGAAGGCCGAAAACAGCCUCAGUACAGAAUUUAAGUACUCGGGAGCCAACUUGCCAUUUAUUCCUCGACCAGACAGCUCCGAUUCCUUUUUCCCCGUUAGCCCUGACGCUGCUAUCACCUCAGGCAUAUUCGCUAAAGUGCCAAUUCUAAGUGGAGAUGCCGAGGACGAGGGAACCGUUUUUGCCAUCACCCAAUCGAACAUUACGACUAAUCGCGACUUGAUCAAUUAUCUUAUCCCAUACUUCCCAGGAAGUGACCAGUAUACAAAAGCGUUAAUCGGGAAAUAUCCAGAUGAUAAGGGCAUCAGUGGAUCGCCAUACGGAACUGGAAAGGCUGGCAACAUCUACGGCCAGUAUAAACGACUCGCAUCGAUUCCAGGGGAUAUAGUUCUUAUUUUCCAGCGGAGGUUCCACCUCCAAAAUGUCUGUUCACAAGUGUCAUGUUGGUCCUAUCUUUAUGCCGGCCUGCAUGGAUCCGUGCCUCUAGGGUCUUUCCAUGGCUCAGAUGCGCGACAGGCAGUAUCUAUCAUCGGCAGAACCAGCGUACCCGGAGAAACGCAACAGCGCUAUGCAAUUGCAUUUAUUAACGAAUUGGAUCCUAAUGGGCUUGGAAUAUCGGGCCCUUUGAUCAGGUGGCCGGAGUACACGCCUUCUGACACCAGAUUGCUGCGCCAGAACGCCUAUCAGAACGGGCUUGUAGAGGACAAUUUCCGAUCUACGCAAUACCAAUAUUGGAUGGAAAAUAUCUCCAAGUUCCGAAUUUAA